GAAUAAUAAAAAAUGUGUGAUACUAGACGAUUAACUCACCGAACUUUAUAUAUUUCCGGAUCCACGGGCAUCGAUGAUGUGAUUAUAAAUGAUAAUCAAUCAGAAUCGUGGUCUUCGAGAUUUUUUUCUAUUUUUUGCGGGAGAUUGAGCCGAAGAAAAUUAUUCUCGAAUUCAAAUAAAAUGCAAGUGAUGGUUCUCCCAACCAGCCCUUUAGUUAGUGAUAAUGGACCGCAGGAUUUUAAAUCAACUUUAUCGAUAGCAGCUUCAUCUCAAAUAGUUAAGAUUUUAUUGGUAUUUCCUCGAGAUGAUCAACAGUUGGACGUUUUAAAUACAGUAUCAAGAAAUUUAGGAUGGAGCGUGUCGAUAGCCAAAAACGCGGAGCAAGCAGUUGAAAUUUUUCAAAAUCGAUGCCACGAUUUGAUAAUAAUCGAUCGUAGAGGUCAUCGAGCAUCAGAUGCCGAUGCAAUUUGCCAAGCUAUACGAGCCACGAACUAUCAUCACAGUAGCGUAAUUUUAGCCUUAGUUAAGAAGUCAUUUUUUACGGCAGCCAACACAGAGAAAAUAAUGACAUUGGAUCUGCUUAAUGUCGGUUAUAGUAGAGCAAUGAUGGAAUGUUCACACGAUGUAAUGCUAAGUAAUCAAUUGAUCGGGAUCUAUGUAAGUGAAAUACAACCAAGAAUGCAACUUGCUGCAGCACAUGCGCUUUAUGUAGCCAUGGAUAGAUGCCGAGAUAUGGUGCAUAUAACUGAUGAUCAACAUAUAGUUCGCUUCGUUAAUAGAGCAAGCGAAAAACUAUUGGGCUACAAGUAUGACGAAAUUUUAGGAAGUAAUCUUUCCGAAAUAAUAUCAUAUGAAAAUUUUGUAUUGAUGGAUCAGCAACUGCAACGUGGCAGAGAAUUCGAGGGUAACAUGAAUUGCAGGAGAAAGUUUAAUGAUACAAUUACAAUUAACUGUAGAAUUAUCCCAUUCUGUGCCUCGGGAAAAAAACCGACCCAUUAUGUUUACAUUCACGAUACCAUGUACUUAUUGGAAAAUAUUGGAAUGACAUUUAGUGGACAAAAUCCUCGCGGUAGUCUGCACUCACUUCGUCGCGGUUCCUACGAUCUUAAAUCAGUUGGCAGUGAUCUCGGAACUCAACGACGAUCAAGUUUACAAAAAUUAAACAACUUACCGCUGGAAGCUCCAAUAACUAAAGUAAUGAUACUUUUGACGAAUGUCAUGACUGAAAUAAAUGCUACAAAUCCUGAAUUAGCAUUGCAGAUUGAUAGGGCGAUUGAAGCUCUUAAAACAACAGAACUUUACAGGCCGUAUCUGAAAGAAGAUACAAAAAUUUAUAAUGAUCCAGUUGCAUCGGAUUUAGUGGAAGCUCUUUUAUCAAAAACGUCUCACUAUAUUCGUGAUUCUCGAAGAUCAUCAAACGAUUCAAUGCGAAGUGUAGCUAUGAAAAUCGGACAUUCAAUAAACAAUCGAAUGCAAGCCAAAACUCCACAAGGACCGAGAGAAAUUGAUAAAUUAUUAGAACGAAGUCUUGACUGGGAUUUUGAUAUUUUUUAUUUAGAAGUACUAACUGAUAGAAGGCCGCUGGUUCAUUUAGGAAUGAAUCUCAUGUGUCGAUAUAAUGUUCCGGCUAGAUUAAAUUGCGAUGAAACAACUUUACAAAAUUGGCUUACCGUAAUUGAAUAUAAGUAUCAUUUGGACAAUAGUUAUCAUAAUUCUACUCAUGCAGCAGAUGUUUUACAAGCAACGGCAAGAUUUAUGCAAUCAGAACGACUGCAAAUGGUAUUAGAACCUCUUGAUGAGGUUGCUGCAUUGAUUGCCGCAGCGGCGCAUGAUAUCGAUCACCCUGGUAAAUCCAGUCAAUUUUUAUGUAACGCUGAUAAUAAAUUAGCUAUUCUUUACAACGAUCUAUCAGUUCUUGAGUCUCAUCACGCAGCAUUGACAUUCAAAUUGACAUUGGCUGAUGAUAAUGUUAACAUUUUUAAAAAUUUAGAUAGAGAAACGUAUAAAACCAUAAGGCAAAAUAUUAUAGAUAUGAUUUUAGCAACGGAAAUGACGAAACACUUUGAACACUUGGCAAAAUUUGUUAAUAUUUGUAGUGGUAGAGGUGGCGAUGAGUAUAACUCUGAUGGAAUUGAUAUGACAACAUUACUACAGCCGGAAAAUGUAACACUAGUAAAAAUAAUGAUGAUUAAAUGUGCUGAUGUAUCUAAUCCUACUCGCCCCCUCAAAUGUUGUAUCGAGUGGGCUAAAAGGAUAGCCCAAGAAUAUUUUAAUCAGACUGACGAAGAAAAGAAACGAAAAAUGCCAGUUGUAAUGCCCAUGUUUGAUCGUAAUUCUUGCUCUAUUCCUAAAUCUCAAAUUGGAUUUGUCGAUUAUAUUAUCAAUGAUAUGAUCGAAGCAUGGGAUGCUUUUAUUGACAUGCCAGAAUUAGUAACACAUAUGAAACAAAAUUAUGAUAAAUGGAAAGAAUAUCACAAUAUGUCAGUGGUACCUUUGAUGUUUCGCGAUUGGUGGGAUGACUUUGAUCGUCCGACAUCAAGGCUCAUAGAUCAACACUUUGGUAGUGCUAUAAGCCGUGAUGAUUUAUUUUCUGGUCUUUCAUCAUGGAAUAUCAAUAGACCACGUUCAAUUUUUCCUACCUCGAUGUAUUACAGACCAUGGAGAACUCUCGCAAGAUCUAAUUCUGGUGGCGCGAGCACUAUUCAGUGCGACAAGGACAAAUUCGAGGUGAUUUUAGAUAUUCAACAAUUUUCACCGGAUGAAAUAACCGUCAAAACAGUUGACAACAAUAUUAUUGUGGAAGCUAAGCACGAAGAAAAAAAGGACGAGCACGGUUUUAUCAGUAGGCACUUUAUAAGAAGAUAUAUUCUUCCUUCAUGCCACGAUCCACUGGAAGUAACAUCAAGCCUUUCUUCAGACGGAGUGCUUACAAUUAGUGCGCCCAAAAAGAAACUUAUGCCGAGCACUAAUGAGAGAAUCGUUAAUAUUGUUAAAACCGGAGAACCAGCAGUAAAACCCGAAGAAACGAAACAUAUUGUAACUACCGAAGAAAUCUGAUAAAAAUUUAUAUUUAAUUGUUAAGAGCAUUCUCAGACAGUACUCCCCACUUUUUAAAAAUAUGCAAUGACUUUAAACUGUCAUAACCAUAUUUAAAUUUAAUUAAUUAAUUAAAAAAAAUUAAAACUUUGAUUGAAAAAAAGAAAGAAGUGAUUUCCUCAAGAUAUAGAAUUUAAAAAAAUUACUUAUAGUUGGUAUCAAUUGGAAAUUAUUCAAAAUUUUUUAAAUAAAUGUCAUAUUUUCAAAUUUCAUAGGCUAAAAUUUAUUCAACAAAUUAUGUUUAACUCCCAAUUGAUGUCAACUGUAAGUAAUUUUUUUAAAAUUCUAUAUCGGCGAAAUUACUUCUACGUUGUCACUUUUUCUAUUAAAGUUCUAAUUUCUCUUUAAUUAAUUAAUUAAAUUUUGCUACAGUUAUGACAGCUGAAAGUCAUUGAAAAUUUUUAAAAAGUUGAGACAAUGUCUGAGAAUGUCCUUAAGUUUUUAUUAAACUAUUAAUAAUAUUAAUAAGAAACAUACUAUAU